AUGGACCUCCUCAACUACGUGCAGGCUUGGACUGUAGGUUCGUACUACAUGCUGGCUUGCAUCUUCGGUCUGUGUAUUUUACAAAAACCGCGAUUGGUAUCGCAAACGAGACGGCGAAGUAUACUUGUUUCCAUGCUCAUAAUCUUGAUCGCGUACAUCACAGAGGUUCUCUACUACUUCAGUCGGUCAAUGGGCGAACGGGACUACGAGGCACCACAACCUGCAGCGAUCCGCUGCCUAGGGUCGAUGUUGGUCUGGAGUCCGCUGGCGUAUAUGCUUUGGUCGAGCAAGGCGCUACGAUGGCAUGCGUACUUUGGCGCAUUUGUUCUACAGUUCGCUUUCGAAACUACGACAUGUCUGAUAACGGCCUUCUCCAUCCCGGAAACGAGUCGGCAGAAGAACGCGCCCUUUGUGAUUGACUGCGUUAGGGCUGUCGCUUCCCUUGUCUUACUGCUCGAUGCGUUUGUCAUUUUGGUCACUAAGCAGGCGAAGAUUAGCACGGACGAGGAACGCCAAUCCCUACUGGGAAAGCAAGCGAAUACAGCAGCCACGCCUAAGGGAAAUGCUGGGUAUGGCACUAUCCCUACGGAAUCCGCAAGCGACGGCGAGGAAGCAGCGCCAAAAGACGACGACAAGGACAUCAAAGCUCAACAGGCGAAGCGUCUCGAAGAAGAAGGUGGCUGGGUCGGAUACCUCAAAGGCUUCGCUGUGUUCUUACCCUACCUGUUUCCGAAAGACGAUUGGAAGGUCAUGGCUUGCCUGUGUCUGCGGAUCGUACACAUGCUGCAAGAGCGCGUCUUUAACUUGCUUACUCCUCGGCAGCUUGGUAUUAUCACGAACAAGUUACAGCACUCUUACGAGACUCAGAGUGGGAUCAUGCCAUGGAAGGAUAUCGGCCUGUGGGUGUUGUUCUCGUAUAUCAGCAGCUAUGCGGGUCUCGGUAUUGUUGACGGCAUUGCGAACUUGGUCAUAUCAAACAGUGCAAACCGUCGGAUCACCUUGCUAGCUUACGAGCACGUGCUAGCCUUGUCUAUGGACUUUCACACCUCGAAAGACUCAGGCGAGGUUUUGAAAGCCGUUGAACAAGCUUCGUCCCUGAACUCGCUCAUUGAGAUGGUUCUCUUCGACAUUGCGCCAAUUCUGCUGGAUCUCGUCGUAGCGAUGUACUACAUCACUCACCUGUUCGAUGCAUACAUGGCUUUCAUCAUCCUCUUCAUGGGCGCAGCAUACAUCGCCAUUGGAUUCUAUUUUACGACUCUCUCCCAGCCCAAGCGAAUAGACUAUGUCGAGAAGCAGCGUACUGAGAGCUCAACAGUCAACGAGACCGUCCACAAUUGGCAGACGGUCGCUUACUUCAACCGCUUGGCGUUUGAACACAAGCGUUACGCAGAGAACAUCAUUGCCACUAUCUCUGCUCAAUACUCGUACUACUUCCGGUCCAUGGGCGGCCAUGCAGCACAGGACGUUCUUACAACUUUCGGAUUCGCGGGUGCUUGCGUCUUCGGUAUGUCGCAAACCGUGACUGGGCGCAAACCAGUUGGUAAUCUCGUCACUUUGAUCAUGUACUGGCAUACGAUGACGUCGCCACUCUACGUGCUUUCGUACAGCUACCGGCACAUUUCUAGCGCACUCAUCGACGCUGAGCGUCUUCUUCAGCUACUCAAUACUAAACCUACAGUUGUCGACCGAGACGGCGCCGAAGACAUCGUGGUUUCUGCCGGAGAAAUUGAGUUCAAGGGCGUCGAUUUCCACUACGAGGAUCGGAAAUCCAUCAUCAAGGGCGUUAACCUGAAAGCUGCAGGCGGACAAACCAUCGCUUUCGUAGGCGAGACAGGAGGAGGCAAGUCGACGAUACUAAAAUUGCUCUUCCGCUUUUAUGACGUUACGGGAGGAUCCAUCAUGAUCGACGGUCAAGAUCUACGUUCAGUCACUCAAGCUAGUCUUCACGAUGCCCUUGGUCUCGUUCCGCAAGACCCCGUCCUCUUCAAUCAGACUAUCCGUCAAAACAUUCGCUACGCCAAACUCGAUGCUUCCGACAGCGACAUUGAAGAUGCCUGCCGCGCCGCGGCUAUCCACGACGAUAUUGUCGGCUUUCCUGACGGCUACAACUCGAAAGUGGGCGAACGCGGCGUCCGUCUCUCGGGUGGCCAACUCCAACGCAUAGCUAUCGCCCGCGUACUACUUAAGAAUCCCAAGAUCGUCAUGCUCGACGAAGCAACAUCGGCAAUCGACUCCUCGAUCGAAGCGCUUAUCCAACAAGCCUUCCGCAAAUUAAGCCAGGGCCGCACCACCUUCGUUAUCGCGCAUCGCCUGAGUACGGUUGCAUACGCGGAUCAGAUUUUAGUGGUCGAGAAGGGUGAGAUUAUCGAGAGGGGAGCGCAUCAGGAGUUGUUAAAGAAUGAGGGUGGGAAGUAUGCAGAACUUUGGUCUAAGCAGACUGCGGGGCAUUUACCCAAAACGCCGUCGAAGGAAAAUGUCAAGAAGGAUGGAGAGGUAGAGGCGGCAGUGGAGAUGGUCGUGAACAAGGCAUCGAAGGGCGAGGACGAGGCGACGGCGACGGCCGUGGAACGGAAUGGUGAUAGUGAGGAUACGAUCGCGAAGCGUAGAUUCAAGCCGGAUUCAGAUCGUUCAGAAGGCAAGAGCAUCGAGUGA